AUGGAUUUUAUCGGUGUCCGAUUCCUGAUUAUCACACUGUACUUCAGUUAUGAGUCUUUGGCAUUUGAUGAUGUGGCUGUGGAGUUCACCUGGGAGGAAUGGCAGCUUCUGGCCCCUGCUCAGAAGGACCUGUACCGGGAUGUGAUGCUGGAGAACUAUAGCAACCUGGUGUCCGUGGGGUAUCAAGUUAGCAAACCAGAUGCACUCUCCCAGUUGGAACGAGGGGAACCACCAUGGAGUUCAGAAGAUGAAAUGUGUAGUCAAAACUUUCCAGAAAUCCGCAAAGUUAAUGGUCAUCUACUGGGCCACAUGCAAGAUGAAAGCAAAAUGAUUCACACAGGAGAGAAGCCCCAUAGAUGCAGUCUGUGUGGGAAAGCCUUCUCUAAAAAGUACUUGCUCACUGAACAUCAGAGAGCUCACGCAGUAGAAAAACCUUAUGAAAGCAUGGAACAUGACAAAGCAUUCACCAUGAAAUCAGAGAAAACUCACACAGAAAAAAAACAUUAUGAAUGCACAGAAUGUGGCAAAUCGUUUAUCACAAAACCAGGGCUCAAUAUGCAUCGGAAAACUCAUACAGGGGAGAAACCCUGUAUAUGCAGUGAGUGUGGAAAAUGCUUCAACCGUGAAUUGAGUCUCAUGGUUCAUCAGCGAACUCACAGACAGUCUUCCUAUGUGUGCACGGACUGUGGCACAGUGUUUAUCAAGAAAUCAUGGCUCACUAUACAUCAGAAAACACAUAAAGUGGAGAAAUACUUUCAGUGCAGUGAAUGUGGGAAAGCCUUCAACCGAAAGAAACAACUACUUUUACAUAAAAGCAUUCAUACUGGAGAGAGGCCUUAUAUAUGCAGUGAAUGUGGAAAAUGCUUCAUCCGCAAGUUAAGUCUCAUUGUUCAUCAGCGAACUCAUACUAGACAGAUCACCUAUGCAGGCACGGGCUGUGCCAAAGGGGCUCACUUUACGCCCAUCGGAAUGACAAAGCAGAUCGACCCCAACAUGAUGGCUCUACACACCUGA